CACAAAGUAGAAGGAGGAAGCGGGAAACAAAAGCAACAACACAGGACUGCCUGUCAAAUAUAUAUAUUUGAGACACUCUGAAGGUCAGUCCAGAAACAUGUCUCGACAGAUGGGAGACAGCCAUCGGAGGUUCCUGCAGACCAUGAUGGCCAAUGGCAUCAUUGAUGAACAAGGGGCAAAGUCACUCUAUCACCACUGUUGCGAAACACACAACACACAGCACGCCCCUGACAAACUGGAUGAUUUCAUUGAAACAAUCAACUCAAAGCUGCAGCCCCUGUUCAUGCAGAUUAGAAAAGGGAUGUCUGAAGACAACGGUCACCAGUACUAUGCCUUGGUAAUCAUGGCUGAGACUGAAGUAACCAGGAUGUCGUUAGACUAUGCUGACAAUGAGCUGGAGCUGUUCAGGAAGACGAUGGACCUGAUUGUGGGCUCUGAGAAUGGAAAGGCCUCCUCCACUGACAUUCUGAACAUCAGCGACACCCUGACCACCAAGAAGUUGAAGAAGAGCGAGACGGAACACCUCUUGAACCGACUCGUGCAUGACAAAUGGCUGAAUGAGAAACGGGGUGAAUACACUUUUUCCACCAGAUGUAUCAUGGAGAUGGAGCCAUACAUUCGCACAGUGUAUCAGGACCAGGUUAAAGUGUGCCACAUCUGUCACAACGUGGCUUUCCAGUGCCAAAUGUGUGAGAAUCCUCUAUGUGGCAUAAAAAUACACAACCCGUGUGUGGCUAGAUACUUUAAAGGAAGAACAGAGCCGCGGUGUCCAGCCUGUGAUGACUUCUGGCCUCAUGAAAUCCCUGAAGUCAGGCAGCCCCACUCUCAGUCCAGAAGAUGAGAACUUCAGCAUCAAUGUCUUUUUUGUUUGUUACAAUUGUUUCAUAUUUUUAACAUAAUUUUGUAAUAAACCAAACUGUUAAUAUAAAUGUAUUUAGUUAUUGUUACAAAAGUGAAUGAGAACAUGUUUCACUGAAAUGUCUUUAUUAUAUCUACGUACACACACAGUUGUCAUAAAAAAAAACAAAAACAGUGUCAUUUCUUAUUAUGCUCAUUUUUUACACAAUGUAUCUGGAAGGAAGGAAAUGAACACUCAGAUGCAGUCAUUUUCUCUCAUGCUCAA